CCGAUCAGUUGCCUGAGACGAGCGCUGUUUGUAUGAAGAAAUGAUUACAUCUGUAAUCAUUUUCCUGUUUGUCAGCCGGGUGGCCGCGCAGAGCAAUGAGGGUGACUCCUGCGUAGACAGAUACACCAACACUCAAGGAAUAUGCACUCCCACAGACAGAUGCAGAUCAGCCAAAGAAGACUUUCAGAAGAACGGUAUAAGCCCCACAUUUUGCAAGUACAGCGCCUUCGGGAGUCCAGUCAUAUGUUGUAAAGAUAACUCCAAUAUCUUGCAAGCGGCAACACCGCCAAACAGCGACGGUCCACCAAUUUGGGGCGUCGGUACAGACACAAGGAGAGUCAGCGAACGAAAGUGUGAGCAGUACAGCCGAGGUGUGACAGAGAAGGUCGAUUUUAUACCGUUACUGCCGAAUCCAGAGACGAUGUCUAUAUCUUCACCAAAGUGCGAGUAUUCAGGAGUGGAACUCAUUGUUGGUGGUCAGAGCGCUGAUCAAGGAGAGUUUCCGCAUAUGGCAGCAAUAGGUUUUACAAACUUCGACGGUGGCUACAACUUCAACUGUGGUGGAAGCCUCAUCAGUCCUCGGUUCGUGCUGACAGCCGGCCACUGCACCCGAGACCCUGGAGCGAAGGACCCUGAGCCUGUCAUCGUUAGGCUUGGAGACCAGAACAUAGACCCUAGUGUCAGUGAUGGAGCCAACCCAGUGGAUGUUUCUAUAAAGAGAAUCCACAAACACCCCGACUACCGUCCGCCAGCGAGAUACAACGAUAUCGCGUUGCUGGAGCUAAACUCGGCCGUGGAGUUCGAGUCAGCCAUACGGCCCGCCUGCUUGUGGCGACAGAGCGGAUUCGGGGGUCAAACUAAAGCUAUAGCCACCGGGUGGGGAGUUGUUAACCCUGAUACAAGAGAGCUAGCGAAAGAUCUACAGAAGGUGUCGCUGAGUCUGUUUGACAAUUCUGAUUGUGAUGCUAAACUGCUCAACACUAGAUACCGUCACUGGAAGGGACUGUCACCGUCGCAGAUGUGCGCUGGUGAGCUCAGAGGAGGAAAGGACACGUGUCAGGGUGAUUCCGGAUCUCCCUUACAAAUAGCUUCGAAAGACAACCAAUGCAUCUUUCAUAUUAUUGGCAUCACGUCGUUUGGUAAGCAGUGUGCUAAGAGCGGACUGCCAGCCGUCUACACCAGAAUAUCAAGCUAUUUAGACUGGAUCGAGGGCAUUGUGUGGCCUGGAGAAUAAAUGUUAAUACUUAAUUAUUAUUAAUUAAUUAAAUACUUUUUUAUAUAUUUUUUUUUAUUUACACCAAUAUU